AUGAUCGAGCUCUCGGUAAUGAGUUUCGUCUCCAUCAUCUUCGACUAUAUCUUGCGUUGCAUCAACGGUGGUUUCCUCAAUGUCUUCUUCACUCCCGAAUAUGACACUGCAUCAAAACAAACGACUUACCACUUUGGAAUGAAUAAUAGCCGCCUGAUGGAAUACGUGAAGGGCGUGCUUAUGAUAUCCGGAGACGAAUUACCACUAGAGGUGUUAAAAUCCUUUCCCGUGAGCAUUGGAGGUGGGGAAGAAGGUGUCAAAGAGGCGCGAGCCAAUCCCAAUCGAGAGGUCAUUUUCGUGAUUGGACCGGUGGUGGCGGCAAUCUUAAUGCUGAUUGCCAUCAUCGGCCUCAUUUUCAUCAACUUUUGCAAAUUCUGCAAGGAAUGCUGUCACUGCUGUAAGGGCAAGAAGCGAAAGAGUGGCAAAAAGAGCAAAGCAAGUAAGGAGGCGCCAAAGACAACUCCUGUUGAAGCCAAUGGAGCAGAGGACAGUGGUAAAAGUCGAGAUGGUCCUCCAAAUGACAGACAAUUUGACAAUGGCUACGACGGCUAUGCCUUCUAUGGACAAAGGGAUGGCAGCGAUUCCGAUUCAGACGACAGCGAUGAUGAACCAAAGGGUUUUGUUGAGAAUGUGGUAAACUUCUUCACGUUUAACAAGACAACUGCCGUCGGGGACAUAAUAGAGGAGCGCCAAGAGGAGAUAAUGGAUAAAGUAGAAGAGGUUGCACAACGCUCCGAAUUCGUACACAAACAUCAAGGCUGGUUUUGUUGUGGUUGCCACCUUUUCACUUUCAUUCUCGCCAUCGCCUAUGUGAUCGGCCUCGUUAUCUGUGUGGUUGUGUACAUUAUGGCCGCCCGUCAGGUGACGGAGGUGAUGGGGCAACCGUCCAGUGAUGCGAAUAUCCAGAAGAACGAGGUGAUCGAUUGGUUGGGAAACAAAUCCUCCUACUACAAUUUGGCUGGCACCGUAUCUUUUGUCAUCCGACAGACGAUUGUACUGCUGGAGGAAAGUAGCACCAACCUUAUUGACACAAUGAACACGACGCUGGACGACGUGAAGGGUAAAAUUGAGAUCACAGUCCAACAAGGCACAACUGAAUUAUUCCAUGAGAUUAUAGUUGUUACGGAAAUCGGCAAAGUCUUCGAUGAAACCACUAAACUAAGCACGAGAUUUGCAGGCCUGGAGAAAAGCGCCGAUUUCGUUGAUCAAAACUGCGAAUCUACGAUCAAGGAAGCGACUGAAUUGGAUAAAAGCUUCGCACAAUGUCAUGAAGAAAUCAAGAAGACAUGCGAACAACCGAACAAGUGCCACAUUAAAGAGGCAAGCACCAAAAUCAUAUUCUGUGCUUCUUUUCUUUGCGAUGAGUGGAAGAUUCUCUCACUGAAUUUUAAUGAAAAAGCGUUUAAGUGUCCUCAAGGCCCCAAUGGGGUGGAAAUUGUGGCCACCCGCUUUCAAGACGUAGCAAAAACGCUCGAGAAUCUGCAGAAAGAACUGGACGCAAUGCCAGACAAAAUGACCUCCGAAAUUGUGUCAAAAAUGGAUUUUUCAACGGCACUCAACGACCUUCAAACACAACUCGAUGGCAGCUUGGGCUCAGUCAAACAACAGUUGGAGAUUGUGGAAAGUACAGUGCCAGAGUACAUUGACAAGGCCAGACCCUACGUCAGUCCUCCCCUCUACGCAAUAGCAGUGGUGAUGGCCAUCAUUGCACUCAUCUUCUUCGCUUGCCUCCUCCUCUUCAUUGUUGAGGCCUUUUAUCUUCGACUCUUCUCUCCCACUGGCAAGGCGCCGUCUGAACGUGAUUCACUUUCUCUUCUUCCUCCGUCUCUACUGACAGUUGCGGAGGUGUCACGCACGAAAUGGCGAAGUCAUGUUUGUGGUGGAUGUCGCUUCCUCACGUGCUCAAUCCUCUUCAUCCUUCUUAUCGCUCUGUCUCUCGUGGCGGCGGUGAUACUGGUGGUGAGCAGCAUAAUGGCUGUGGAGUUGUGUCCCUAUGCGUACAAGGAGAGGGGGAUUAAUCAGACGGACUACAUUCUCAACAGUAUAGUGACAGAGAAGUGGCCACAGCAACAGGGCGAAUUCCUUGACCUCUCACCUCCCCGAAAUGUUCUCUACGCUUUGAGCGUCGUCUGUGUCCCCACAGCCCAAAGUGAUCCCAAAUUACUCCCCAGUGUUGGCAUCAACAGGAUAGCGAAUUUAGUUAAAUUUGCAGACCGUGAUGACUUCAAGAAGAGAAUUAGUGAUAUAAUUGAUGAAAUGGCCAAGGGAAUUUCAAAGGCGAUCCCCACUGAGUUGAUACCAAACUUGGAAUCCAUGAAGCCUCACGUUAAUAUCUUAAGAAGUGCUCUACAGGCGUACAACGCGGAGAAUGCUGUCAAAGAAUUGGAAAAGUUUACUAAAGUGGACAUGGAACAACUGAACAAGUUGGUGGACAGUGUGAAUAAAGAACAAUCCCUCAAUCAAGUGGCACUGAAAUUGAAGUCAACCGUCGAAAAGUUUAGAAAUGAGCGGGGCAAAAUUAUGGAGCUGCAAAAUGGCUACCAAGGUAUCGCCAGUGAGUCCACUCUGCCCGACGAUCUUCUCACGUACAUCAAUGAUGCGGUGAAAACUGUGGAGGGUCUCCAAAACGAUGCGAACUUGAAUAACACCCUGCAGAUUAAAAUAAAGCCAAAGCUGAUGGAACUGAUGAAGGCGAUUCUGCAAGCGGUCACUGAUGCUCUCAACGGUCUGGUGACGAAGGUGUUACCUUGUGCCAAUAUGCACUACAUUUUUGAGGCUUUAGUAGCAAGUGGUUGCGCCUCCUCCGGUCUUGUGCCUCGACUGUUUGGAUGGGCAUUGGCGCUCACUCUGGUCACUCUGUUUGCCUUCCUUUCGUUUGUUGGUCUGUUCAACCUUUGGUGCAUCCAGUCUCACCAAAUCAAACGCUUCUAUGGCACCUAA